AUAAAUCUGUUCAGACGAAGAAAGUUUGAAAAAUGCAUUGAAGUAUGCAAUGAAGCACUCGAUGCUAAUCCAUACGAUCAGGCGUUUUGGUGUAUGAAAAUGAGAUGUCUUACGGAACAGGUAUAUGUGGACGAUCUCGAGGCCGAUGAGGAAGGCAUUGCCGAAAGUCUGAUGGACGACAACUCCAUCGCACAGGUGGCCCGUCCGGGCACUUCACUUAAAGCUAUGCCAACAGCCAGACCUAUGCAAACGAGUCAAUCUGUGCGACCCGUCACACAAUCUGGUCGUCCGCUGACAGGAGUAUUAAGACCGGGAACUCAGGGAAGACUGGGAACUAUGGAAAAUGCAUUGAAAACUCCGCGAACGGCGAAAACUGCUCGACCAAUGACUUCAUCGUCGGGUAGAUUCGUUAGAAUGGGAACGACAUCAAUGCUAACCCAACCCGACGGGCCUUUUAUUAAUUUGGGUCGACUUAAUAUAGGGAAAUAUGCGGCCAUUCCUACUCUCGCCAAACCUCUGUUUGAAUACAUUUACUUCCAGGAAAAUAAUAUCAGAGUUGCGCUCGAAUUAGCCGCAAAGGCUACCGAAAUAAAUCAAUUUAAAGACUGGUGGUGGAAGGUACAAUUAGGGAAAUGCUAUUAUAAGUUAGGAAUGAUUAGAGACGCGGAGAAACAAUUUCGGUCGGCUCUCAAACACAUUGAAGUACCCGUUGAGGUCUACUUAUGGUUGGGUAAAGUCUACGAAAGGCUGGAUCAGCCGUUGGCAGCGCUGGACGUAUACAGCGAUGGCCUCAAUAAAUACCCGGGCGAAACAUUUCUGAUCACAUACGCGGCCAGAAUUCACGAGACUAUGAAUGAAAUGGAGGAGUGUACCAAACUAUACAAAGAUGUGCUCACAUACGAUGCCAUUAACAUAGAGGCCAUUGCGUCCAUAGCUAUGAACCACUUCUAUAACGAUCAGCCGGAGAUAGCAUUGCGCUAUUACCGGCGCAUCCUUCAGAUGGGAACCUGUAAUUCCCAGAUCUAUAACAAUUUAGGCCUUUCCUGCUACCUCUCCCAGCAGUUUGAUAUGGCCAUCACUUGUUUCGAAAGGGCGCUCAUGUUUGCUGACUCCGAUGAUGUGACCGCAGACAUCUGGUAUAAUAUCGGACAUCUAGCUAUUGGUUCCGGCGAUAAACAACUGGCCUCUCAGUGCUUUCGUCUCGCUUUGGUAUCAAACAAUGACCACUCGGAAGCAUAUAUAUUAAAUCCACAGUAA